GACACCACGACGUAGUCUAACGAAUUGGUCGACUCUGCUCGCUACUAACUUCUUUUUCUCCUUGCCGUAUUCUGCAAAAAUGGAAUUCUUCCUCAUCUUUGUCCUCAUCGGAGCCAUAGCUGCCCAAGACUCGUCCUCGCGCGAGGACUCGGUGGAAUCCCUUCCCCCUCGUUCCGGAGCGGUCCUGAGGUCCUUCGACAACGGCCCCGUGGGUCCUACGAUCAGGAAGGCCCUUGAGGAUCCCGUCGUGGCCAUCCUGAAGAAUGUCCUUCAUAUGCCCGACGCUGAGGGCUCCCAUAGCUUCGACUUCGAGGCUGAGAAUGGAAUCAAGUUUCAGUUCUCCGGCUCCGAGGGCGAGAACGGGGGCGCUUACAUGCAGGGCGUUUAUAGCUACCCAAUGGAGGACGGUUCCUUAGCAGAGGUGACGUUCGUGGCCGACGAAAAUGGGUAUCAGCCCGACUCUUCCCUCCUGCCCGUGGCCCCAGCCUUCCCCCACCCGAUACCCCAGUACGUCCUCGACCAGAUCGAGUUCGCCCGCCUCCAGGAGGAGAGUAGGGCGCGUGAAGGAGGACUUAAAGCUUCUGAGUAGAGAUGGACUUUUCGAAGUCUUUAGAAAUCGAGGUCGACCUUGGCUAUUGUAUAGAUGUAGGGUUUUAGUUUUUUUUUCUGGGGGAGGGGGUUAGGGAGGGGUGCCUCGUUUUCUUGGUUUAGAUUUUUCUAUUCAUUGUCUUAUCUGGUAUAUUGUAAAGCGUGACCAUACCAUUAUUUCUAAUAAUUGAUAAUUUUUUAAUGAAUUUUUUGUAUUUGGUAUAUAUUGUAAAGUAUAACCAAAACUUUUUUCCAAAAAAUAGUAUGAUAAUUGAAUUUUUUAUUUAUAUAUUAUAAAGAUUGAAUAUAAGAUUAUUUUAUAAAGAUUAAUAAACAAAAUUAUUUUAUAUAUAAUAACAGGACAAUAAUAAAACAUGAAAAUUUUGUAUAACGAUUACUCAAGAUGGUUUUCCGAGAUUUAUAUUGUUUAAUUGAAAUGUUCAUUUUGUAUAUUAUGAACAAAAUUAUUUUAUAUAAAUGAUAAACAGAAAACAAUACCCCAGCCCCAAGGUAAUUUUCUAUAUUGAAAAACAAACGAGACUAAAUCUUUG